AUGACUGCUGAGCCCAUGAGUGAAAGCAAGUUGAAUACAUUGGUUCAGAAACUUCAUGAUUUUCUGGCACAGUCAUCAGAAGAAUCUGAAGAAACAAGUUCUCCUCCAAGACUUAUGAUGAGCCAAAGCACAGAUAAAAUCAUUGGUACUGGAAAUAACUCUGAUAUGAUGGAAAACAGCAAGGAAGAGGGAGCUAGCUCUUCAGGAAAAUCCAAAUCAUCAGGAUCAUCACGAUCAAAGAGGAAACCUUCAAUUGUAACAAAGUAUGUAGAAUCCGAUGACGAAAAACCUUUGGAUGAGACUGUAAAUGAAGAUGCUUCUAAUGACAAUUCAGAAAAUGAUAUUACUAUGCACAGCUUGCCAAAAGGUACAGUGAUUGUACAACCAGAGCCAGUGCUGAAUGAAGACAAAGAUGAUUUUAAAGGGCCUGAAUUUAGAAGCAGAAGUAAAAUGAAAACUGAAAAUCUCAAAAAACGCGGAGAAGAUGGGCUUCAUGGGAUUGUGACCUGCACAGCUUGUGGACAACAGGUCAAUCAUUUUCAAAAAGAUUCCAUUUAUAGACAUCCUUCCCUCCAAGUACUUAUUUGUAAGAAUUGCUUUAAAUAUUACAUGAGUGAUGAUAUUAGCCGUGACUCAGAUGGAAUGGAUGAACAAUGUAGAUGGUGUGCAGAAGGUGGAAACCUGAUUUGUUGUGAUUUUUGCCAUAAUGCCUUCUGUAAGAAAUGCAUUCUGCGUAACCUUGGCCGAAAAGAGCUGUCUACCAUAAUGGAUGAAAACAACCAAUGGUAUUGCUACAUUUGUCACCCGGAGCCUUUGUUGGACUUGGUUACUGCAUGUAACAGCGUAUUUGAAAAUUUAGAACAGUUGUUGCAACAGAAUAAGAAGAAGAUAAAAGUUGACAAUGAAAAGAAUAAUAAAGUAUGUGACCAUACAUCCAGAUUUUCUCCAAAGAAAAAUAGUUCAAAUUGUAAUGGACAAGAAAAGAAAUUAGGUGAUUCAUGUUCUGGUUCGGUAACCUAUUCUUAUUCAGCACUAAUUGUGCCCAAAGAGAUGAUUAAGAAGGCAAAAAAAUUGAUUGAGACUACAGCCAAUAUGAACUCUAGUUAUGUUAAGUUUUUGAAGCAGGCAACAGAUAAUUCAGAAAUUGAUUCUGCUACAAAGUUACGUCAGCUUAAGGCUUUUAAAUCUGUGUUGGCUGAUAUCAGGAAAGCUCAUCUUGCAUUAGAAGAAGAUUUGAAUUCAGAGAUUCAAGGUUUGGAUGCUGUAAACAAAGAGAAAAAUACCAAAGAGCAUAAAGUUAUAGAUGCUAAGUGUGAAAUAAAAGUACGAAAAGGAGAAAAAUCCUGUGCUUUGGAAAGGAAGGAUAUGUCAAAAUCAGAAGCCAAACUGAUAAGAAAGCAAGUAGACAAUGAGCACAUGGAUCAGAGUAUUGCAGUAACGGAACAAAGAGCAAAUAAAAGUACCAGUGGUGAACAUGAGAAAUCUGAUGAAAAAGAAGAACCUCAGUAUGAACCUGCUAACACUUCUGAAGACUUAGACAUGGAUAUUGUAUCUGUUCCUUCCUCAGUUCCAGAAGACAUCUUUGAAAAUCUUGAGACUGCUAUGGAAGUUCAGAGUUCAGCUGAUCAGCAGGGAGAUGGCAACAGUGGCACUGAGCAAGAACUAGAGAGUUCUCCUGUAAAAUUAAAUAUUACUUCAAAAGACAACAGAGGUGGUAUGAAAUCAAAAACUACAGCUAAAGUAACAAAAGAAUUAUAUGUUAAACUUACCCCUGUUUCCCUUUCUAAUUCCCCAGUUAAAGGUGCUGAUUGUCAGGAGGUCCUACAAGAUAAAGAUGGCUAUAAAAGUUCUGGUCUGAGCCCGAAGCCAGAGAACUGUGGACCCGAACAGGAAAAAAAUGAUGAUGCACUUUUGCUUGAAUGUGAAGUUUUAUUACCUUCAGAAGAAUCUGAUCUUCGAAGAUCCCCACGUGUAAAGACUACACCCUUGAGGCGACAGCCAGAAACGAACCCUGUGAUUUCUAAUUCAGAUGAAGAAAUUAAUGAAACAGUUAAGAAUAAGCAAAAACUGUCAGGUCCAAUGAGAAAAAAAUAUAAGGAGAAUUCUUCUGACAGUGUUGUAGAUAAUCCUAAAAGUAAUAAAUUGCCUAAAUUUAGGCAGCCAGAGAUUAUGGAUCAAAAUUCAGAUUCUGAUGAAAUGCUAGCAAUCCUCAAAGAGGUUUCCAGAGUGAAUCACAGUUCUUCUUCAGAUACUGACAUUAAUGACAUUCAUAUAAAUCAUGAGAAGACUUUGUAUGAUUUAAAGUCUCAAAUAGGGAAAGAUGAUAAAGGAAAAAGGAAACGAAAAAAUUCUACGUCUGGCUCAGAUUUUGAUAUUAAAAAAGGAAAAUCUGCUAAAAGGUCUCUAAUUUCUAAAAAGAAACGAGAAAACCAGUCUGAAUCUUCCAAUUAUGACUCAGAAUUAGAAAAAGAGAUAAAGAGCAUGAGUAAAAUUGGGGCUGCUAGAACAUCCAAAAACAGAGUUCCAAAUAAAAAAGAUUAUGAUUCUUCAGAAGAUGAGAAACACAGUAAAAAAGAAAUGAAUAAUCAAGGGCAGCAAAGUUUGAAGGCUGCACAAGAGGGAUCGUCUGAUGAUGCUGAAAGGAAACAAGAGAAAGAGAUUUUAUCUUCAGCAGAAGGCACAAUUGAUAAUGAUAAAACUAUCUUGGAAUCAGGAGGUAGGCUCUCUAAGAAGAAGAAGCCAGGUGUUUCCUCUGAUAAGCCUUCUUCUGGGAAAGAGGAGAGUUGUAGUUCUCCAGAGGACAAAAAGGCUGCUGAAACUAAAGCAAAGUGUAAGCUUCUGAAAACUAAAACUUGUAAGAAAGUACAGGGUAGCUUAUCUGAUAUUGCUCAGAAGUUGUCAAAAAAAGAGCAGAGCGAUGACUCUUCUGAAGAUGAUAAAAAGGUGAGCAAAAAGGGGACUGAAGAAAAAGAAAAGAAAACUACAGACUUGAAGAAAAAAGUAAUUAAUAUGGAACAACAGUAUGAAUCAUCAUCUGAUGGCACUGAGAUAUUACCUGAGGGAGAUGAAAUUAGUCAUUUUCCUGAAGGCAUUAAACAAAAUAAGAAUGACACAACUGAUGGGGAAAAGAAAAGUAAAAAAAUAAAAGGUAAAACUUCUAAAAAGAAGGAUGAAAUAUCUCUUAGUGCUGAGAAGUUAAUAGGGAAAAGAGAGAGUUGUGGUUCUUCAGAAGAAAAAAGGAGUAGGAAUGCAGGAUUCAGAAGAGAAAAGAGAAGGUGCAAUUUGUCUGAAAAGAGUUCAAGGAAGAGACAAGAUUUUUCAUCAUCUGAUACUGAGAAAUAUUCUAUGAAAGAAGGACAUGAUUCUUCUGAUAAAAAAUUAAAAAGAAUAGAAUUGAGGGAAAGACGAAAUUUAAAUUCAAAGAGAAAUCCCAAGGAAGUAGGAAGUGGCUCAUCAUCUUCAGAUGCUGAAGAAAGUUCUGAAGAUAAUAAAAAAUUGAAGAAGCAAAGAACUUCCACUAAAAAGAAGACAAGCAAUGUCAAGGAGAAAAUGAGAAACUCCCUUAGAACAAGCACUAAAAGGAAGCAAGCUGAAAUUAUUUCCUCAUCUUCUGAUAUAGGAGAUGAUGCUCAGAAUUCUCUAGGCGAGGGCAGCAGUGAUGAGCAGAAAAUUAUGCCUGUGACCGAAAAUUUAGUGCUGUCUUCUUCACAUACUGGAUUUUGUCAAUCUUCAGGAGAUGAAGACUUAUCUAAAUCAGUGCCUGUCACAGUGGAUGAUGAUGAUGAUGACAAUGAUCCUGAGAAUAGAAUUGCCAAGAAGAUGCUUUUAGAAGAAAUUAAAGCCAAUCUUUCAUCUGAGGAUGAUGGAUCUUCAGAUGAUGAACCAGAAGAAGGGAAAAAAAGAACUGGAAAACAUAAUGAAGUAAAUCCAGGAGAUGAGGAAGAAAAAAAUCAAGUCAAUUCAGAAUCAGAUUCAGAUUCUGAAGAAUCUAAGAAACCAAGAUAUAGACAUAGGCUUUUGAGGCACAAACUGACUGUGAGUGAUGGAGACUCUGGAGAAGAAAAAAAGACAAAGCCUAAAGAGCACAAAGAAGCCAAAGGCAGAAAUAGAAGAAAGGUGAGCAGUGAAGAUUCGGAAGAUUCGGAUUUUCAGGAAUCAGGAGUUAGUGAAGAAGUUAGUGAAUCUGAAGAUGAACAACGGCCUAGAACAAGGUCUGCAAAGAAAGCAGAGUUGGAAGAAAAUCAGCGGAGUUAUAAACAAAAAAAGAAAAGGCGACGCAUUAAGGUACAAGAAGAUUCAUCCAGUGAAAACAAGAGUAAUUCUGAAGGAGAUAAAGAAGAUGAUGAAGAGGAAGAAGAAGAAGAUGAAAAUGAUGAUUCCAAGUCACCUGGAAAAGGCAGAAAGAAAAUUAGAAAGAUUCUAAAAGAUGAUAAACUAAGAACAGAAACACAAAAUGCUCUUAAAGAAGAGGAAGAGAGGCGGAAACGUAUUGCUGAGAGGGAGCGGGAGCGAGAGAAAUUAAGGGAGGUGAUAGAAAUAGAGGAUGCUUCUCCUACCAAGUGUCCAAUAACAACCAAGUUGGUUUUAGAUGAAGAUGAAGAAACUAAAGAACCAUUAGUACAGGUUCAUAGAAAUAUGGUUAUCAAAUUGAAACCCCAUCAAGUAGAUGGUGUUCAGUUUAUGUGGGAUUGCUGCUGUGAGUCUGUUAAAAAAACAAAGAAAUCUCCAGGCUCAGGAUGUAUUCUAGCCCACUGCAUGGGCCUUGGUAAGACUUUACAGGUAGUAAGUUUUCUUCAUACAGUUCUUUUGUGUGAGAAAUUGGAUUUCAGUACAGCUUUAGUGGUUUGUCCUCUUAAUACUGCUUUGAAUUGGAUGAAUGAAUUUGAGAAGUGGCAAGAGGGAUUAAAAGAUGAUGAGAAGCUUGAGGUCUCUGAAUUAGCAACUGUAAAACGUCCUCAGGAGAGAAGCUACAUGCUUCAGAGGUGGCAAGAAGAUGGUGGUGUUAUGAUCAUUGGCUAUGAGAUGUACAGAAAUCUUGCUCAAGGAAGGAAUGUGAAGAGUAGGAAACUUAAAGAAAUAUUUAACAAAGCUUUGGUUGAUCCAGGCCCUGAUUUUGUUGUUUGUGAUGAAGGCCAUAUUCUAAAAAAUGAAGCAUCUGCUGUUUCAAAAGCUAUGAAUUCUAUACGAUCAAGGAGGAGGAUUAUUUUAACAGGAACACCACUUCAAAAUAAUCUAAUUGAGUAUCAUUGCAUGGUUAACUUUAUCAAGGAAAAUUUGCUUGGCUCUAUUAAGGAGUUCAGAAAUCGAUUUAUAAAUCCAAUUCAAAAUGGUCAGUGUGCAGAUUCUACCAUGGUAGACGUCAGAGUGAUGAAAAAGCGUGCUCACAUUCUCUAUGAGAUGUUAGCUGGAUGUGUUCAGAGGAAAGAUUAUACAGCAUUAACAAAGUUCUUGCCUCCAAAACAUGAAUAUGUGUUAGCUGUAAGAAUGACUGCUAUUCAGUGCAAGCUCUAUCAGUACUACUUAGAUCACUUAACAGGUGUAGGUAAUAGCAAUGAAGGUGGAAGAGGAAAAGCAGGUGCAAAACUUUUCCAAGAUUUUCAGAUGUUAAGUAGAAUCUGGACUCAUCCUUGGUGUUUACAGCUGGACUACAUUAGUAAAGAAAAUAAGGGAUAUUUUGAUGAAGACAGCAUGGAUGAAUUUAUAGCUUCAGAUUCUGACGAAUCCUCCAUGAGUUUAAGCUCCGAUGAUUAUUCAAAAAAGAAGAAAACAAAAGGGAAAAAGGGGAAAAAAGAUAGUAGCUCAAGUGGAAGUGGCAGUGACAAUGAUGUUGAAGUAAUUAAAGUGUGGAAUUCAAGAUCUCGAGGAGGUGGUGAAGGAAAUGUGGAUGAAACAGGAAACAAUCCCUCGGUUUCUAUAAAGACGGACGAAAGUAAAGCUACUUCCUCUUCUAAUCCAAGCAGCCCAGCUCCAGACUGGUACAAAGAUUUUGUUACAGAUGCUGAUGCUGAGAUUUUAGAGCAUUCUGGUAAAAUGGUACUUCUCUUUGAAAUUCUUCGUAUGGCAGAGGAAAUUGGGGAUAAAGUACUUGUUUUCAGCCAGUCUCUUAUAUCUCUGGACUUGAUUGAAGAUUUUCUUGAAUUGGCUAGUAGGGAGAAAACAGAAGAUAAAGAUAAACCUCUUAUUUAUAAAGGUGAAGGGAAAUGGCUUCGAAACAUUGACUAUUACCGUUUAGAUGGUUCUACUACUGCACAAUCAAGGAAAAAGUGGGCUGAAGAAUUUAAUGAUGAAACUAAUGUGAGGGGACGAUUAUUUAUUAUUUCCACCAAAGCAGGAUCUCUUGGCAUUAACUUGGUAGCUGCUAAUCGAGUGAUUAUAUUUGAUGCUUCUUGGAAUCCAUCAUAUGAUAUCCAGAGUAUAUUCAGAGUUUAUCGCUUUGGACAAACUAAACCUGUAUAUGUAUAUAGGUUCUUAGCUCAGGGAACCAUGGAAGAUAAGAUUUAUGAUCGGCAAGUAACUAAGCAGUCAUUGUCCUUUAGAGUUGUUGAUCAGCAGCAGGUCGAACGUCAUUUUACCAUGAAUGAGCUUACUGAACUUUAUACUUUUGAGCCAGACUUAUUAGAUGACCCUAAUUCAGAAAAAAAGAAGAAAAGGGAUACUCCUAUGCUGCCCAAGGACACCAUACUUGCAGAACUUCUUCAGAUACAUAAAGAACACAUUGUAGGAUAUCAUGAGCAUGAUUCUCUUUUGGACCACAAAGAAGAAGAAGAGUUGACUGAAGAAGAAAGAAAAGCAGCUUGGGCUGAGUAUGAAGCAGAGAAGAAGGGACUGACCAUGCGUUUCAACAUACCAACUGGGACCAAUUUUCCCCCUGUCAGUUUCAACUCUCAAACUCCUUAUAUUCCUUUCAAUUUGGGAGCCCUGUCAGCAAUGAGUAAUCAACAGCUGGAGGACCUCAUAAAUCAAGGAAGAGAAAAGGUUGUGGAAGCAACAAACAGUAUGGCAUCAGUGAGGAUUCAGCCUCUUGAAGAUAUAAUUUCAACUAUAUGGAAGGAAAACAUGAAUCUCUCAGAGGCCCAAGUACAGGCAUUAGCAUUGAGUAGACAAGCCAGCCAGGAGCUUGAUGUUAAACGAAGAGAAGCAAUCUACAAUGAUGUAUUGACAAAACAGCAGAUGUUAAUAAGCUGUGUUCAGCGAAUACUUAUGAACCGAAGGCUCCAGCAGCAGUACAAUCAGCAGCAACAGCAACAAAUGACUUAUCAACAAGCAGCACUAAGUCACCUCAUGAUGCCAAAGCCUCCAAAUUUAAUCAUGAAUCCUUCUAACUACCAGCAGAUUGAUAUGAGAGGAAUGUAUCAGUCAAUGGCUGGUGGUUUGCAGCCACCACCAUUACAGCGUGCACCACCCCCAAUGAGAAGCAAAAAUCCAGGACCUUCCCAAGGGAAAUCAAUGUGA